AUCUUGAGCAAGCUGCCACAGUGGCAUCCUCAGUGGCAUCCUCAGAUGAGGAUGCUGGUGUGGAAACACACCCAGAACAGUGCACGGACGAUUAGAUGAUGAUACCCUUAAUUUAACAACGAAUUUCUUCACCUGAUAAUCCAUGAAGAGAAAAAAUUUUGACAGAGCUUUUUAACCCUGAUUUUUCGUCUGUGCACUUUCUGUUUCCCUUUGUCGUAGAAAACUAUCCGUAGUAACGUGUUGUAGUACUGUUGUCUUGUCUUUGCUUCACUUUCUUGUUUUUCGUGCCAGUUGGAGGUUGAACAAAAAACCCCAAAAUGAGAAAUUAAAAAAUUUUCAUAGAUGGUAGGCGCCUAUCACAUCAAAGGCAGGUAUACAUUUAUCCUGCGAUAAGCGUCCUCGUCUUCUUCUUUUUCUUCUUCUCUACUGAUGCACUUUUCCCUUGGCUCUGCAUAACAAUACACUACUCAAAAUGCCCGACGUCCGCUACGAUGAUGACUCCACUCCGGCUGUCUGCGAUACGUGUUUGGGAACCAAUCCCUAUGUCGAGAUGAAGAGGCUUCGGAACGGCGCAGAAUGCAAAAUAUGUUCGAAACCCUUCACCGUUUUCAAGUGGAGUGCACAGGACGGUAAUGCAUUUUCAUCAAGUCGGAAGAAGACUGUCAUCUGUUUGACCUGCGCCAGGUCGAAAAACCGCUGCCAAUCAUGCUUGCUCGAUCUCACUCUUGGUAUACCUAUCGAGAUGAGAGACAAACUUCUCCGAAUAGCCAAAAUUGACGCGGCCAAAGACUUGAACAUGUCUACCGACAUAGUGUCCAAUGCAAAAAACAUUACAAGUAGAUUGUACAACUCGAAUUUGUUGGAGGAAAAACUGAAGAACGAAGAAAUCACUCAUCUUGCAGACAAUGAAGAGCUGAAAAGAAAGCUGGAGCAGAAUCUAGAAGCAUCGUUGAACAAACAGGAUUCAAAACAAAAGCAGGGUCACAGCUAUAAUAAAGAUCCAAUUUCUCUUUCAAAGCAGGAGCUGCUUGAUUUGUUGAAAUCUUUUCCUUUCAAUGGAAACUUACAAUUUCGUCCUAAAAAUGCACAUAUACGAUCUUUCUUCUUUUUUGGCAAUGGAUCGUCCCUAUCCAUGUUCCAAGUAAAAGACUAUUUUAUUGGUUUAUCUCCAGAAUUUACCAAGGACACGGUAUCUUCCCUUUAUACACAAAAUGCAGGGAAAUUUGGCUAUAUCGAAUUCAAGACUCGUGGAAUUGCUGAAAAAGUUGCAGAUAUAGUGCAUGGUCGUCAAAAAAAGGUUCUGGGGUGUGACAAGUACAAG